GCAGAGCUUCAAUUGGUUGGUUCCAUGGGAGAAAUAAUUGGUGGUGGUGGUGGUGUGGCAGCACAUGGUGGUUCUGGUUCUCCGGCCACCGUGCCACGUAAGCAGCUUUCCAUGUCCGGCGUGAUUCUGAAGAACACCGGCGUCCACGUGUCAGCCUUCGUUUCUGUGUUUUUAGUGACCCUUUUCAUCACUGCAGUUUUCUUCACUCGUUGGGUUGAUGUUUCUGCUUUAACAGCCCAGUUUCGUCAAAAAGAUAUCCUCCCCUCUGCAGACAGGGGAAACAUCUCAGAUUUGACGCCUGAAUCGUGUCCGGAAUACUUCCGAUGGAUUCACGAAGAUCUAAAACCAUGGAAAGAGACAGGUGUCACGAAAGAAAUGGUGGAAAAAGCCAGAGAAAAAGCGCAUUUCAGAUUAAUCAUUGUCGAUGGAAGGUUGUACAUGGAAAAAUAUGAUUACGUGUUCCAAACUCGAGACGUAUUCACUAUUUGGGGGAUCCAGCAACUCCUCGAACUCUACCCUGGAAAAGUCCCAGAUCUCGAUUUAAUGUUCAUGUGCCACGAUUGGCCGCUGAUCCUUAAAGCAAAUUAUCCCGACAACACCAGUGUUAUACCGCCAUUGUUCCAUUACUGUGGUGACGAUUUGACUUACGAUAUCGUAUUCCCUGAUUGGUCCUUCUGGGGUUGGCCGGAAGUGAAUAUAAUGCCAUGGGUGAAAUUGAAAAAGGAAUUGGAAGAAGGGAAUCAGAGAAAGAAAUGGAAGGAAAGGGAACCCUAUGCCUAUUGGAAAGGGAAUACGCACACGGGAAGUGCUCGGAAAGACCUUGCAAAGUGCAAUUCCGAUGGUAAACAGGAAUGGAAUGCCAGAAUCCACCAUUUGGAUUGGGGAAAAGGCUUUAAAGAUACAAAUUUAGCAAGCCAAUGUACCCAUAGGUACAAAAUAUACGUCGAAGGAAACGCAUGGUCCGUUAGCGAAAAAUACAUUCUGGCAUGCGACUCGAUGAGCCUGGUCAUAACACCACAUUACUACGAUUUUUUCACCAGAGGGCUGAUCCCGACUGUUCACUACUGGCCCAUAAACGAGCACAAAAAAUGCAGUUCAAUCAAGUUCGCUGUUGACUGGGGUAACAAAAAUACAAAAAAGGCACAAAAAAUUGGAAGAACAGGGAGUCGGUUCAUUCAAAACGAACUUCAGAUGAAGUUUGUGUAUGAUUACAUGCUCCAUCUGUUAACAGAAUACUCGAAACUGUUCAAAUACAAGCCAGUUAUCACAAAAAACGCAGUUGAAGUUUGCUCGUGUUUUGGGAAAGGGUUAGUGAAGGAGUUCAAGGAGUUAUCGAAGGAGACAGGUCCGUCGAAGGCAGAUCCGUGUGCUAUGCACCCUCCGUUUGAAGAUUUUGAAAUUCAGUCUUUACACGAAAAGAAACUAAAUUUAACCAGACAAGUUGAGAUAUGGGAAGAAAGUCAAAGGAUUUAACGUACAUGACGAUAAAUGUUUACAAAUUUUUUUGUUAGAUUUAUAAUCACGAGAAAUUACUGUAAUUUGUAAUAUUAAAUUACUGAUUAGCAUAUGACGAGUUGAUAUCGUAUUGCAGUAUAUAUGUUGACACCAAAUAGGUGGAUAAUACAUGAAUUGUUAUACAGAU